AUGUCUGGCAAUCCCGAUGAUGUAGAACCGGCGGUCGGAGCUCUCCGAUACGAGCGCCGCCAAAUGUUGCCAAAAACCACCAUGUGCAACGACAAACUUCACCAGUUUCUGCAGGCUCUCCCCAAGUGUGAGCAUCAUGUUCACAUAGAGGGCACCAUCUCCCCAGAGCUGUUCUUCAGACUUGCUUCUAAAAACGGCAUAACACUGCCGUCAGACGAUCCGGCUUUUGAUAGCCCGGCAGCUCUCCACGCGCGUUAUCAAAACUUCACCUCUCUCGAUGACUUCUUACAUUACUACUUUAUUGGAUUCUCCGCACUCAUCAAUGCCUCGGAUUUCGAGGCCCUGACAUAUGACUAUCUCGCCCUUGCGUAUUCACAAAAUGUAUACCAUGCCGAAAUAUUCUUUGAUCCGCAAGCCCAUAUCUCGCGCAAUGUUCCAUACCACACAAUCAUCGCCGGCAUGAAUGCCGCAAAAGCAAGAGCUGCUGUUGAACUCCCCAAGCUCAGCGUUGAGUUUAUACCUUGUUUGCUGCGCCAUCUGCCAGUGCCUUCAGCACAUGAGCUGCUCGAAGAGCUACUCGCCUCUGGCCACUUUUUUGACGGCACACUGGUUGGAUUCGGAAUGUCUAGUACCGAACUGGGAAAGCACCCUUCGCUUUACAAGUCUGUUUACGAUGCAGCAAAAGCCGCUGGGGUAGGCAACUUUACGGCUCACUAUGGAGAAGAAGGGCCUUCAGAUUAUGUCAAGGACGCGCUAUCACUUCUUAAUGUGAGCCGCAUAGACCACGGUCGACGCUCUGCUGAAGACGUAGAUCUCAUCGCUCAGCUUGCCGAAUCGGCCACCAUGUUGACUUUAUGCCCUUUGUCGAACGUUGUAUUGAAAGGGGUGGAUAGAAUGCAGGAUAUACCGAUCCGCGAGUUCCUGGAUGCCAACGUGAGAUUUAGCAUCAACAGCGAUGACCCUGCUUAUUUUGGAGGCUACAUCCAGGAAAACUAUUGUGCUAUUCAGGAAGCUUUCGGAUUGGCCGUGGAAGACUGGGAGAAGAUAGCUCGUGGAGCUAUUGCUGGAAGCUGGUGCUCUUUGUUAAGAAAAGAGCAACUGUUGAGUGAAGUGGAUAGCGUGCUGCAAGAAUGGAAUUGAAGCGCAAACCCUUCCUGAUUACUACGCAAUGCUUUUUGUAGAUGCAAAGCAGGGCCCUCACUAGAAUCGUGGCGAAUCACCCCUCUGGAGUUAUUUUGCUUAAUUAGAGACAAGAAGAGAGGAAUGCCAGGCAGUUGGAGCGAUGAAACAAUUGGCUACAGUGACUCUCCAGUUAUAAAUGUUUCACGUAUA